AGAAAAGGUCUAAACAAAACGAUUUAUUCACUAGCUGCGCAAUGGAAAAGGCAAAAGAGAGCGAGUCGCUCCAGGAGCGUUCAUUGAGUCUUCCAGAGACGCCGCUAAUGGCACACACCAAGGAGCAGCAGCAGGAGCAGCCCCAGUGGACCUGGGCCCUCAAGUGGGCGGCCAUUGGGUCCUCGCUAGGGGCGGCCGUUCCAGUGGGAUACUGCACGGGUGUGAUGAACAGUCCCGCCGAGCUUAUGCGCUCCUGGUGCAACGAGACGCUGAUUGCCCGCUAUGAUCUGCACUUGGGCGAGGCAGGCAUGGAGUUAUUGUGGUCGUCCCUCGUCUCCAUUUUUUUAGUAGGAGGCGCCAUCGGAUCUGUGGCGGGUGCUACCAUGGCCAACAGGUUCGGACGCCGCGGCUGUUUUCACAUCUGCGGCCUCCUCCUGGCGUUGGGCGCCAUUUGCUUCUACGCAUGUCGUCCCCUGGAUUCCGUGGAGCUUUUGAUGCUCGGGCGUCUACUCGUCGGACUGGCCGGUGGUCUUCUUACGGCCUUUAUGCCCAUGUGGCACAGCGAGAUCUCGGCUCUUUCUCAGCGCAGCACCUUGGCUCCCCUCUGCCCAAUGGGAUUAACCCUAGGGGUGGUUGUGUCGCAGGUCUGCAGUCUCCGCUCUGUACUCGGAGGUCCCGAACGCUGGCACUUCGGACUGUCCCUGUACGGCCUGCUCCUGGUGGCUUGUUACGCCCCCUUUAGGUGGUACCCCGAGAGUCCCAAGUGGCUGUACGUUGUCAAGGGGCGUAAGGAGGAGGCCCGGCGCCAACUGCAGCUGCUAAGGGGCUACGCGGCAGAAAACGCCGCUUUGCAGGAAGAGGUGGAUGAAAUGGAGCUGGAGGCUGCUUCCAAGGUGAAGGCCAGUGGAUUGGUGCAGGUGCUACUCGAUCCCCAGUUGCGCCUGCCGUUAAUCAUCGUCUGCGCCUUCCUUGGUGGCCAACAGCUCUCGGGCAUUAAUGCGAUCUUCUACUACUCCGUCUCCAUCUUCCGCAAGGCGGGUCUUUCUGUCCAGGCGUCGGAGUGGGCAAACCUGGGAGCGGGGUCCCUUAAUUUAGCGACCUCAAUGUUGGGUCCCGUGCUGCUGGAACGAAUCAAUCGGCGACCUCUGAUGCUUUUCUCCACCUUUUUCUGCACUGCCUUCCUGUUUCUAUUUGCCAUGAUGCUCCACUUUAUUGAAAGCUAUAGUUGGUUCGCCAUGGGAUGCGUUGGCUGCAUUUUCCUGUACAUUUUUUUCUUUCAGUUUGGACUCGGGCCUAUUCCCUUUUUCAUUGGAGCAGAACUGUUCGAGCUCGCAUCCCGUCCAGCCGCCUUGUCGCUGGGUAGUGUUGUGUACUGGCUGUGCAACUUAGUCAUUGGCAUGGCCUUUCCCACAUUGCAGAACGUUUGGGGCGCCUUGGUCUUCCUGCCGUUCUCGGUCACGUGUCUACUGCUGUUCGGCCUGACAAAACGCUACUUGCCGGAGACGCGUGGGCGUGAGCCCUCUGAGGUGGCUCCGCUUGUCGCACUAGGUUUUAGGUCAAAGGUUCUGCCCAGCCACCAGAAGCCUAACCAAGCUUAGACUAAGACUAAUAAAUACAAAUCUUCUGUAGUAGUCAGCUCAAAAAUACCACCGAUUACCAACGUUCUUCUGAUCAACCGGUGUUCGGAAACUAGCCGAAAGAAAAUGGCCCGGAACACAUUUAUACAGCAACUUAAAAAAAGGAAACAGCAUGAUUGAUCCGUUGUUGCAAACCCAUUCUUUGGGAAUGACAAUUUUAUUUUUCUAAUAAACAAACAGGUCAUUUUAAACUA